AUGCGGUCCCUAUCACCGGCUCUCGCGUCUCUCGCAAAUGUCUUCCGAAUUCCAAUGUCGCUAGCUCCAGUGCGCCCAACUGCCUCCCGUGUGUGCCACGAAGUCCUUGCCCGGCGGACACAACAACCCGGUUCGAUCACCACAGCCGUGCAAUCCGCUCCAUUCUCCUCGACGAGCACCCUGGAGAGCCGAAAGAACAGGGGUCCCAAUGUGGACAAGCGAAUUACUCUCAUCCGCUACUUCCUCUAUCAUCCUCUUACUCCCCGCCCUUUGCGCUUCUCCCGAAACCGCUACCUCCGCCACUGGACCAUUCAUCGCGCUUGGCAAUUGCUCCAAGCCAAGCAGCGCCAUGCACGAGAACUCGAGCUGGAGCGUCAGUACCAGAGCAUGCAGGCUGCUUGUGAGGAGCUGCGGACUGGUGCUGGUGAUGGUGGCAGAUUAUUCCGCAAGUCGAUGAUUAAGAAGGGCAUUUUCACUGAUAUGUUCCCCAUCGAGUACGGCCGCAUGCAGACCGACUACCCUCCAGCCGAGGGGUGGAAUCAUGAUUGGAAGCGUCCUGAGAAGAAGGACCGAUAA